AUGGGUGUCUCCCACUUUCCGAGCCUUUUCGCUGCGAAAAAGUGCACCAAAACAACUGAUAUGAGCCACGACAAUACAGGUCGUCAGGCCAGUCUAUUGGAAAAAUUGGAGGUGCUCGACUAUCAUGAUUACCAGACCACAAAACAUCCGGCCCACAAGCAGUCUGAUACUUGCAAACACUUUUUGGAAGAGGGCAGAAUUCCUGUUUCAAGAUCGGCUCUCUCGCGAUGGAUCCAGCAAGAACGGCAAAUCAGGUAUGAGGCUCAUUGUCUCACGGAAAGGACCAAGAAACGUAGCAGAGGCCCUCGUGGAGGCAGGAAAGAGUUACUGCUGGUGAAGCAAUUUUUACAAGAUAACGAACACAUUCUUCUGUGCAUGGAACAAUUCUAUAUCCAGAACUUAUUGGCCAAUGGAGAUGACGAGAUUCCACUCGAUAGAGAAGUCUUGGAGAAGUUCAAUGAGUUCAAAAUUUUGUACGGAGAACUGGAUCUGGUGCUGAAAGGGUUUUUGAUAGAUAACAAAUCGUGGCCCAAGGCAUUCUUCAAAUCACUCGAAUCGAAAUUGGAACCUCUCCGGUUCACUUUACGACAACAACGCCUGUACAAUAGCAGGUGCAAGACUUUAAGUAUGGAAAGAGAGCGCCUUCAGAGUGCACUUAGUGGCUACGAUUUUGAUUCUAUCUAUCAAUUAAGCGAGAUGUUGAUAGAUGUCUCCAGCGUUUUGAGCCUCACAGACUUCGACAUGAAAUACUUGGAAAACCUCGAGUACCCUGAGGCGUCUCCGAGAGACGUGACGAUGGUUACUCUUGGUAUAGCCGCAAACUUGGCAGGCAACGACUUUCCUGAACCGUUAAUUCUUUCAAAUGCGCCCAAUUCUACCAACGAAUUCAAUCAGUCGCCGUUGGACCCGUUCUACUUCUAUGAACCAAACGGCCUUAACACACGCGAGAUCUUUAUCCAGUACCUUUCCGCGUGGAAUACGCAGCUCCGUGUCAAUGGAAAGUCCAUUGCAUUGAUGCUUGAUACUUACUGGUGCCACUAUGGGCUCGGAAAAUCAACGCUCAAUCGAUUUUCCAACAUUAAACUUGUAUUUGUGUCUUCAAGAUACGACAAGACGGCGUCUUUGCAUCACCGUAUACUGCUCCGGCUUCCACUCUCAAUUGGUUUCGAGCGUCUAGUAAAGACACAUAUCAAGCAAAAUCUUUACAGAAAACUCCUAAGUGAAAGGAAAGCACUUGGAAAACUCAAGCUCCUCGAGGAUGGACAUGGUAUCACCGGUUGUAUCCGCUACUCGUAUAAAGAAGUAGUGGGUCUUAUCAAAAAAGAUUACGCUUACUUGGUGCAUUUUAAGCUUGGAGUAGUUGGGAGUCGUAUCUUCGAGGAAGGAAAACCGACAAUUGAACACUCCUCAGACGAAUACACUGACAGCGAGGAUCUUCCUCCAGAUUUCUAUCUGCGAAUGGGUCCGUUUAUGCGAGACAAUAUUCCUAUUGAGUUCAGUGAGGAAAUUUAUUACUCCCAAAAACGUAAUGUAUUGAUACUUCGCAAGGACCAGCAAAUAUUUCGACGAUUUGUUGAAGAAAUAGCUGCUGCUUUCCAAGCUAAAAACUCAUAUCCACCGCCAUUACAGACUAUACAAAGUAUCAUCGGUCGAGAUCUCGCCCAAGGGAAUAAUGAAAUAAAGUUUAACAAGCACUAUUCAAUGACCGCAAUCGUCGAAAGGGUGAAACUACAGAUUGAGCAUAAAAACACAUUACAAAUUGAACCUGAAAGACCCACACUUAAAAACGCCGAAGCUAUUAGGUUCCUCAGCCGCAGAUUGCAACCGCUCCUCUAUAUGCAAGACCAAUACCUCAAGCAGCCGCUGGAUACUCUCGAGCUCUUUCACAAGUUUUACAUGUCGUACCUACGCGACAACACGGAAAUAUUGGUUAUGCCAUCAAGAUACAGGCUAAAGCGGCCACGACUCGCCACCGCCACAGUUGAUCCCGAUUCUUCCCAGGACCCUGACCUGUCCACCCAAACAUCUUCGGUGUCUGGGUCUGAUACCGAGGUGAGUUCGGACGAGGAAGAGGAGCCCCAAUUCAAGCGCAAGUCAUUUUAUGAGCCCGAAAAAGACGGAUCUUCGUCUCCCAUACGCACUAAGCGUUCCCUGCGCUCGGUCACCCCCAGCUCGCCCACGUAUCGUACAACAUUUAGUGACUCGGACUGA